UACUACAAUUGUCGCUCAGAUUCGAUUGCAUAAUGAAAGAUACGAGGAAUUUUAUAAAUGACUUUACCAAAAUAAAGAUAUGAAUUACAAAUCGCUGGCAGCACACAAUGCCGCUUGUAACGAGAUAUAUCGCCAAUUUCAGGAUUGUGAGGCUGAGCAUCCGUAUCGAAGGUUAGUGGGUUAUUGCGAACAUAUCCAUCAAGCUAUGAUCAAAUGCAUAAAGGAACAAAGAGAAAUUCGUAGGACAGAAAGCGCACGUUUCCAACGAAGGUUAAAAAUGAUGAAACCGUCACAAUCAGAAAGUAGCAACGAUUAGCCGUGAACCACAGAAAUAAUUCAACUAAUUUAAUUAUUCUGUUGAAAUCUAGGUUGACGAGCCAAAAACCAAACGAUUAAAAUCUGAAAAUUAUGGAAAGAAAUCUUGUAAGAAGGAAGAAG